CUUUCUUUUCGGCGAACUAAUUUUCGAGAUGAGAUCUUAAUAUGCCUGAGGGGGAGGGGGACACAAAGAUCUCGAAUUUUAAUUAAAAUUUUAAAAAAAUUCUAGAAGUCAGCUGACAUAUUAAUUAUUACUAAUUUCUAAGUGCGGAUUCGAUUAUUUGACCCAUUUUUUCGAUACGACCCCUCUAACCCUCCUCUAUGCAUGCCCGUGAACAUGGCCUUUAUUUAUGUACUUGGAAAAUUUUAAAUGACGUGUGACGUAUUAUUUAUUAGAUAUUCGAGGGCUCUGAGUUCGAAUUACUUCUUAUUUUUCGGGUACGUUGUCUCAGAGCCCCACUAUUUUGAAAAAAAAAGAGUUUGAAAAAUUAUGAAACCAUUGUGUGAUUUGUCGAUUCCUACCAUUUCAAAAUCGCUGGGUUCUCUGAAAAAUUUCAAGAACUUUUGAUUUCUUUCCAAAAUCAAGGGAUCUUGUGAUUUAAAAAAAAAUUAAUAACGUUGGAUAGGUACUGAUUUUUCAAACUUGAGGAUAUUUCGAACCCUCCCUCUCCCUUCCAACUCACCAUAUAUCCCAAAUGUCUCUGCUUUCAUCCGAUUAUUCGAUUCAAUUUGUUGGUCGAAAAAUUUUCGAAUCAGCCAAAUUUUCACUGUCUCCAAAAAUGUUGAUGCUUAUAAAUUCUCGUAAAUCAACCCUCUAAGGAAUCAUUUAUUUCCUCAGCAGGUUUGCUUUUUAUGAUCGAGUUUUUAGUUGAAUUUUUGUAAAAAAUGAUGGCUAUUGUGGAACCUUCCUAUCAUCAAUCUUUUAAAAUUUUUACAUCUGUCGACCUAGCAUUCUUUUUAAUGAGUCAAAUGAUGUAAAAUUUGGGGAAUGGCCGAAUGGGGUGCUUUUGGGACUGGAUUGGACCACUGGAGUUGAAAUUAAAAAUAACAUAUACCCCUAAUGUGCAUUUUUCAGAUGCUGACCUUUUAACCCUCUUCGACUCCUCUGCAGGGUCGAUAAAUUAUCUACGUUUUGGGGCAGAUUUUCGCAUUUCUUGACUUCUGAACCAGUCUGUACCCCCUCCCCUUUCGCUCCCCCCGGUCCUCUCAAAAAAACGGCCGAGACUGUCUAAAUUUGGCACGUACAAUGAGAAGGUGCCACAAAUGUGCACUUUACACAUUUCAAUCAUCCAGCUCUAUUUGACCCCUCUCUAGACCCUUCAGGGUCGAAAAAGUCGGUUUUUUCGUCACAUCAGGAAACGUAAAAAAAAAGAGGGGAAUCGGAGUAACGGACUUUAUUUUGGUUCGAAAGGUCAGCUGUAUUGUCACAUUUCACGAGCAACUCGACAAUGAAGAAAAUAGUUUCCAAUUUCGAGGUAAAAAUCUUACAAAACCUACAGCGAAGAAUUCCGAACCAGUUAGAAGUAGUAUUCUCACACUUGACGAAUGAGCUAACAAUGCAGAAAAAAUUAUAUGGGUACGUUCGAUUAAUUCGCACGUUUUUUCCGUGUAACUUAUCGUACUCGGCAGCAGCUUUCUCAGAACAUGUGGAAAAAAUUGCAGCUAUACUUAUGUCUCAAUCGCACCUGAGUAGGUGUACUUAUUUCACUCCAUUCGAAAUGGACAAUUGAAGGGCACCGUGAAAUUACCCUCAACGAUAAAGCCGAGGAAGAAGGCGUCAAGGCGUAUUAAAAUAUACCGCCAUUAUCUCGGAAGGUCUGCCGAGUAAUUUGAAUGAAAAAUUGAUUGGUCAAAACAAAAGAAAUAAUACACGACGAACAGGCCAACGGUAGCGAUUCAAACAGGAAGAGAUGACAUUAACCUUAGCGUAUGGUAUCGUUUACUUGAAUUUCGCGUUGUGUUGGGUAAAUUUACACCAAAAUGUGUAGAAAAAUUUUUAUCAAUGGUGUAAAUUCCCAUCGGAAAUGAGUCAGAUAAUGACGAAGAAGGAGAGGAGAGCCGAGAGAAAUUACCGAACGUACUUCCAUUCCACCUGUGUGUGCAAUGAGAACCUCGAGUAUAAUUAUUUUAUAAAACCCAAACACGCGCUGGAUAACGAUUGACGAUUGACGACGAUUUCGGUGAUGUCGAUGUGUUUUUAUACGAAUUUUUGUGUAUGUGAGUAGGUUCACUGUUCAGGUAGGUAUAUACCUUUGAAUACAGGUAGGGAAAAAAAGCAACGGUAAGCUAAUAUACGAUCUAUGCGAUCGGAUCGGAUGCAAUAGUACGGGCACGUUUUCUAUUACAAUUGUUAACGGCUGAGAAAAUAAAGAUGACCCGUUGAUAUGGCGUAUGGUGUGCCGCCUCUGUAUUUGUCUAGUCCAAACAGUAAUACUAGAUUGUUGGCUCGUACCCGGUGGGUCAUCAGUGAUAUCCCGUUGUGUAUGCGUUAUUGAUAUCCCGGAUAUACACAGCGGUAAUGCGGAUGAUUUUACUCAUAUUUGUCGUCGCUUUUUGAAAAAAAUAUUCCUAAUAAGACUCCUAAGAGCAGAAUUACCUUACCUUCGAGAUCGUCGCGAGUUCGCGAAAUACGAGUAAAUUAUGAAUAAAUUAUGUUUGGCGUUUUUUUGCGCGCUCGGUGUUUCGUACGCGAUUCCAUCGACUACCGAAAAUGAUAUCAGUACGUUUACCUCGCCGGUUACCGAAAAGCUAGAAGAUUCGAAUAAGAUUACCACAUUUGUGCCUUCGUUAAGCGCCAUCAAACCGACCAUCAGUGAGAAAAAAUCAGCUCGAUACGAUGGCGAUCAAGUGCUACGUAUUUUCACCGUCAAUUCGAAACAUCGUAAGAAGAUCAAGGAAAUCGAACGUGAGAAUAAGGGUCAAAAAUGGGCUAGUAAUACCACCUCCGUAGAUAUUUACAUCAAAAAAGAUAGAAUCGAUGAAGUAAAACAAGCGUUGAAUAACGCCUCGAUGGAUUUUAGAAUUUUAGUCGAAGAUGUACAACGAGCCAUCGACGAAGAAAAUCCUCCCCAAAAGUUCGAAGAACUCAACGAAUUUACCAAUCGUAAAGGUCAUCGAUUAACAUUCGAGCACUACCAUCGUAUGGCAGACGUGCACGGUUUCAUGGAUUAUCUAGCCAGUGCUCGAUCGAGUCAAGUCAGCGUGCAUACGCUCGGCGAAUCUGUCGAAGGAAGACCCAUCAAAAUGAUAAAAAUAAGCUCCGGCAAACCAAACGCUUCUGCUUUCUGGAUCGAUGGAGGAAUCCACGCCAGAGAAUGGAUCGCCGUCGCUAGCGUAUCUUACAUAAUCAACGAACUAGUCGAAAACAGGGACUCGCUGGAUAAAGAAUUGCAAGAUACUGAUUUCUACAUCGUUCCUUUGUUGAAUCCGGAUGGAUACGAAUAUUCGCACGAAUCGGAACGAUUAUGGAGGAAAAACAGACGUCGUAAUUUGGGCGCUUUCUGCGUCGGUACCGAUUUAAAUCGGAACUGGGAUUACGAAUGGGGUGGUUCUGGUUCCAGCAAAUUCCCUUGUCAAGAAAUUUACGCCGGUUCUGGUCCAUUGUCUGAGCCGGAAACUAAAGCUGUAGCCAAUUUUAUCCUAAACAAUGAGUCUAAAUUUAAAGGAUUUGUCACGUUCCACAGCUACGGUCAAUACAUCCUGUACCCUUGGGGAUACGCCAAACGACUACCCCCUGAUGCCGAAGAUCUCGAUCGUGUGGGUCGAAUUGCCGCAGCAGCCAUGAAACAAGCCGGCGGAUCAUCGUAUUCUGUGGGCAAUAGCGCUGCUUUACUUUACGCUGCCGCGGGAGGUUCAGACGACUGGGCUAAGGGAGCGGCGAAAAUAAAAUACACGUAUACCAUCGAAUUACGCGAUACAGGAAGACACGGAUUUUUAUUACCUGCAUCUCACAUAAAAGGCAGUGGAAAAGAAGCUUUUGCUGCUAUUAAAGCUAUCGCUAAAGAGAUGAACGCGUAGUGCGAUUAUUUCUAUAUACUAAAAUCUCAUGUGUCAUAAUUAGGUAUUUACCUAUUUAUAAGUUGAAUAUUUUUUUUUUUACAUAUCGAUGUUAAAUUUAUGUAUGUAUAAUCGCGUCUCGGUGAUUUGGUUGGUCGUAUAGUGAUCGCGUUACAUUGUUAGACCUACCAUACCAACUACUUAAGUAUAGGUAUAUUAUUUAAUGUUUUGAAAAUUAUAUUUAUAUUUUCUUUUAAAAA